AACCCGUGCAACCCGCGAGGCCGCCAACCCCCAUCUCGUCUCGGCAACCCUACUCGCGCUUGCCCACCACGCGUCUCUCCCAAAAUUCGCGGCCUCCUAUAUAACGCCGUCUCGAUCUCUCUCUCUCCUCCUCCUCCGCUUCGCAGACCAGCCAGCCAUGCCUCCCCUCACGAGCGCCCUCCUCUCCCGCUCCUCCUCUACCCGCAUCCCCGCCGCGGCGGCGGCGGCGGCGGCGAUCUCGAAUCCCGCGGGCGCCGCCGCGUCGUCGUCGUCGCCGUCACCGCCGCCUCCGAGCUCUCGCCCCAGGCCGGCGUCCCCCUUCGCGUCCGGCCUCGCUGGCCGCAUCUUCGGCGGCCGCCGCGCCGCCGCGCGCUCCUCGUCGUCCGCCGCGGCCGUCUUCGAGCGGCGCUUCGCCUCGGCGGCGGCGAAGAACUCGUACGAUGAAAUCCUGACGGGCCUCGCGAAGCCGGGAGGCGGAGCGGAGUUCGGGAAAUACUACAGCCUGCCCGCGCUAUCCGAUCCGCGGAUCGAGCGACUCCCUUACUCGAUAAGGAUUCUUCUCGAGUCGGCAAUCAGAAACUGUGAUGAGUUCCAGGUCACCGGGAAGGACGUUGAGAAAAUCCUGGACUGGGAGAACAGCGCACCAAAGCAAGUCGAAAUCCCAUUUAAGCCAGCCCGUGUCCUCCUCCAGGAUUUCACUGGUGUUCCAGCAGUGGUUGAUCUUGCGUGCAUGAGGGAUGCUAUGAGCAAACUUGGCAGUGACCCAAACAAAAUUAAUCCUCUGGUACCUGUAGAUCUUGUUAUUGAUCAUUCAGUACAAGUUGAUGUGGCAAGAUCAGAAAAUGCUGUUCAGGCAAAUAUGGAGCUAGAGUUCCAUCGUAACAAGGAGAGGUUUGGAUUUUUGAAAUGGGGUUCAACUGCUUUCCGUAACAUGCUUGUUGUUCCACCUGGAUCUGGAAUUGUGCAUCAGGUUAACCUUGAAUAUCUGGCCAGAGUUGUGUUUAACAAUGGUGGGAUCCUUUACCCUGAUAGUGUUGUUGGAACAGACUCCCACACAACUAUGAUAGAUGGUCUUGGUGUUGCUGGAUGGGGAGUUGGUGGUAUAGAGGCAGAAGCUACAAUGCUUGGCCAGCCAAUGAGCAUGGUAUUGCCAGGAGUUGUGGGCUUCAAGUUAACAGGGAAGCUGAGGAACGGUGUUACUGCUACAGAUUUGGUUCUAACAGUAACUCAAAUGCUUAGGAAACAUGGCGUUGUCGGAAAAUUUGUUGAAUUUUACGGGGGAGGCAUGAGUGAAUUAUCACUGGCUGAUAGGGCUACAAUUGCAAACAUGUCACCAGAAUAUGGUGCAACUAUGGGUUUCUUCCCAGUUGAUGGAAAGACAUUGGACUACUUGAAGCUAACUGGCAGAAGUGAUGACACUGUGGCCAUGAUAGAGUCUUACCUGCGUGCCAAUAAGAUGUUCGUCGACUACAACCAGCCUGAAGCUGAAAGAGUGUACUCAUCUUAUCUGGAACUUAACUUGGAGGAGGUAGAGCCAUGCUUGUCUGGACCAAAACGGCCUCAUGACCGAGUGACUUUGAAGAACAUGAAAUCAGAUUGGCUGUCUUGCUUGGAUAAUGAUGUAGGCUUCAAGGGUUUUGCUGUCCCCAAAGAAUCACAGGGUAAAGUUGCUGAGUUCUCUUUCCAUGGGACACCAGCAAAGCUAAAGCAUGGUGAUGUUGUAAUUGCUGCUAUAACCAGUUGCACCAACACAUCAAAUCCUAAUGUAAUGCUGGGAGCUGCUUUAGUUGCCAAAAAGGCUUGUGAAUUAGGCCUUGAGGUCAAGCCAUGGAUUAAGACAAGUCUUGCACCUGGUUCUGGAGUUGUGAAGAAGUACUUGGACAAGAGUGGUCUGCAGAAAUAUCUAGACCAGCUUGGCUUCCAUAUUGUAGGCUAUGGUUGCACAACCUGCAUAGGAAAUUCUGGAGAACUUGAUGAAACAGUAUCUGCUGCAAUUUCUGACAACGAUAUUGUCGCUGCUGCCGUGUUAUCUGGAAACAGAAAUUUUGAAGGGCGUGUGCACGCAUUAACCAGAGCAAAUUAUCUUGCCUCUCCUCCAUUGGUUGUGGCCUAUGCCCUUGCUGGCACGGUCAAUAUUGAUUUUGAGAAAGAACCAAUUGGCAUCUCGAAAGAUGGGAAGGAGGUUUACUUCAGGGACAUCUGGCCUUCCACUGAAGAGAUUGCUGAGGUUGUUAAAUCAAGUGUGCUACCUGACAUGUUUAAGAGCACAUACGAGGCAAUAACCAAAGGAAAUCCUAUGUGGAAUGAGCUGUCUGUAUCAGCAAGCACUCUCUACCCAUGGGACCCGACAUCUACUUACAUCCAUGAGCCUCCUUAUUUCAAGGAUAUGACAAUGUCCCCUCCUGGCCCACGGCCUGUGAAGGAUGCUUACUGUCUCCUGAACUUUGGUGACAGUAUCACAACUGAUCACAUCUCACCUGCCGGAAGUAUUCACCCUGACAGCCCUGCUGCUAGAUAUCUGAAGGAGCGUGGUGUUGAAAGGAAGGACUUCAACUCAUAUGGCAGUCGGCGAGGAAAUGAUGAGAUCAUGGCUAGGGGAACUUUUGCCAACAUUCGCCUUGUGAACAAGUUCUUGAAGGGUGAGGUUGGCCCAAAAACCAUCCAUAUUCCAUCAGGGGAGAAGCUCUCUGUUUUCGACGCUGCUACGAAAUACAAGAAUGAAGGACAUGACACUAUUAUCCUGGCUGGUGCUGAGUACGGUAGUGGAAGCUCUCGGGAUUGGGCUGCGAAGGGUCCAAUGCUACAGGGAGUCAAGGCUGUGAUUGCUAAGAGCUUUGAAAGGAUUCACCGCAGCAACCUUGCUGGUAUGGGUAUCAUUCCUCUAUGCUUCAAGUCAGGGGAGGACGCCGACACCCUUGGAUUGACUGGCCAUGAGCGUUUCACGGUUCACCUCCCGGCCAAUGUAAGUGAGAUCAAGCCUGGGCAAGAUGUUACUGUGACGACUGAUAAUGGGAAGUCCUUCACUUGCACACUUCGAUUUGACACUGAGGUGGAGCUUGCAUACUACGACAAUGGUGGCAUUUUACCGUAUGUCAUCAGAAAGAUCGCCGAGCAGUAGGAUGAACGCUCAAGAAGAUUGCGAUGAGGCGAAUCGUAAUUGUUGUAAACAGCUUGAUUAGCGCAACCCCAUUUUUUAGGAAUACCUUUCAAAUAACCUUCUGAGAUAUCCGCGAAGAACUCAGAAAUUUUGUGAGCUACUACACUUGCAGUUGUACGCUGCCACGGGAAAUGCGGCGCUAAAUGACGCUAUGUGAACAUUAACAUUUUCACUUAAACACACGUUGCUAAUAAUUUUCCGGCAUUUGCAACUGACGAAGUGACGAGUAUACAUGCUACUAGAUAUUCUUUUGUUUCA